AUGUCACAGGGCAGUGAAGUAAAGAGACUGAACUUUUCACGCAGUCCAAACGUGUCUGUUGGAUCAGAUGUCAUUAAAGUUCAGCAAAAUGCAGGAUACGAACUCCUUUACGAGGUUCUGCCCUUUGCUAUCAUCAUCAUCAUAGUAAAUGGCACUGUUUUCUUCCUGUUUAUGAAAAGCAGGCGGCUUCGAAGUCCUAGUAACUGCCUUCUGCUGAGUUUAGCUGUGUGCGAUUUUACGAACGGCUUCGUAUGCAUACCUCUGUUCUUGGUAGUCGCAUUUAGAGUCAUGCCAAACCCGCACAUUGGGAGCUUUAACUACCUGUUGAACAACUGUGUGGCCAUGUCAGCUGCCUAUCACAUUCUUGCAAUCACGCUAGAGAGAUAUUACAGUAUUAAGAAGCCUUUUGUUCAUCGUCAACUGACAAAAAAGUCGAUGCUUAAAGUCGCUCUCUUGGUAUGGGUCGUGGCUCUCAUUAUUGGAUUUAUGCCGUACGCUUGGGACUCACUGCGCAUUACAGACUUAGUCUCCUUCAUGAAGGUAAAGGUUGGCUAUGUAGCAUUCUGUUUGACCUUUGUCUUUCUGAUUCCAUGCAUCCUUAUUGUUACUUCCCAGACUAUCAUGUUUAAAUUUAUAGCAAGAAGUGGUAGACAGGGGCUGACUGCUACCAAGGCUGCCCAGCGGAAAGCAAAGAACGACAAGAAAUGCCUCAUCAUCUUCGCUCUGAUGGCGAUUAUAUACGUGGUAUGUUGGUUGCCAUGGUUCAUACUUUAUUUAUACGUUUCUUUCUGGUUUGUCAGUGGGGAAACCUUAGUCGAGUUGCAAAAGAUAUCUCGGUGGGUCGUUAUUUUCAGGUAUACAACCUCAGUUGUCAAUCCUUUGCUGUACACUUUUUUUAAAAGAGACUUCCUUGUGGCUUUUAAACUGAUCGUCCUGAAACGGAGCUCUACUUCUUCAGCGAGCUUUGCAUGCACAAGCAAUAAAGUUGAUUCACAACAGAGGAAGUUGAUUACUUCGUCGAAUGGCAAGAAACAUAGCGAGGAGAUUGAAUUGGAAACUGUUGUGUGAAUAUAUGAGACACUGAAAAUGCAAUAGCAGCAGGAUAUGGAAUGGAUAUUUAAAAACUGUUUACCAAAAUAUUUGUUUAUUUAUGUCACUAUGCCGAAAAAUGGUCGGAAAUCAGUCUCUACUCUCAGACUCUUGUUUCAUCUGCUGCUCAGAAAUAACUAGUACCAAUUAGCACGCGCGAUAAGCCCUAUUUACCUGUGUGGUAUGUACUUGAUAGGAGAUUUGCAUUGUCGGGCGUAGAUACGAAAUUUACCCGCAAGUAUUGAUAACAUCUCUCAAGAGUGAGCGAAGCGAAGAAGAUAGGUUCAUUCUUUUAUGUGGAUAUUGAUCUUUCAUGUGGAUAUUUAUUGCAUGUCCGACAAUUUUGGGGCACAUCUUAAGAGCAUCGAAUGCUGAAUGCAGAGAAUAACUACACUUUUACUCAGCUCGCAUGAAGACUACUUUAAUAUGAGGUGCCACUAACGAGCAUCUGAUACAGGACAUUUCUUUAAGUAACGCCAAAAUAAAGCGAGUCAAUGACCUUGGACUUGAGAAGAUCAAUUUAGCGAAAGCAAAUCCAUGAUUACUUUCAAGCAGCUAUAUAUGGAAGUACCUAUUAGGUUCAUUUUACAAUAAAGAUAUCAAAGCUGGAAUUUUCACUGUGUCCCUAAGUAAUCUUUUGGUCUUUCUGCACUGUUCUGAGUUCACGUCCCCUGAUGACUCUGACGUGCAAGGGGUCUCCCUGUACCGGUGUGCUGUAAUAAUAAGUGCCAACUGCAAGGCUAGUUCCUCUACAGAGAUUUCAGUAAACUCAUUUUUGCGUCUACUUGAGCUUUCUCUCCGCGUUUGGGUUUCCAGUCUCAGCAAAUCAUGCUCUCCUUACGCUCGCCUAAAAAAGCCAAAAAAUAAAAUGAUGCCUCUUAUGAAGGCUGUUGCCACGACAAAUUCGUUACCAGAUUUUCAUGAAAAUAAGCCUUUUUUUUUAGCAGAAUAUAGGGUGCCCUAGGACGCUUAAAUAACUUUCAGCGGAAUGCGUAUAUAGUAAUGAAAUAGUACGGAAAGAUUGCGGACGUUUUCACCUAGGGAAAACCAAAAUAUAUAAUGUACGCGUUCAUGGACUGAGGAAAGGUCUUAGAACUUACUUUAACUGCUCCUCGUUAUCGAGGAAAAAAGCUCUCUCCAUGUCAUCAAAUGACCUUUGUCGUAAUCACUUAAAUUUUAUUAGAAUCAUAUUCUAUUGAGAGCCUGAUCUUAUGACAUUACUGGGUUUUGUUGAGUUAUUGAAAUGAUUAUAUUCCUCUAACACAAUAAAUUACUCUGAAUAGAAUCUCAUUUUAUUUGCUUUUAUUUUUAACAUACAAUCGACUUAACAUAAUACUCACUCAUAUUUAUAAUGUAAGCAUCCAGUUAUCAAUGAACAACUUUAUCAACAUUUACUGUAUUGAAAACAUUCACUGUUUAUUAUCUCAUUUUUUGCAUCUUAUAAUAUUGUCACGGCACUUUAAAUUUUACCCCAUUUUUAACUCGUGAAUUGCGCGCAUGCGCAAGAGCGAGUUAUAGAUAUGAUGUGGGGAAUGGCACUCGCUCGCUCGAUUGGUCGAUUCCUGUAAACUUUUUUCGAUUUUAGGCUCUUGAGUGUAUUUGAUAGUUUUUGGCGAGCAAUAAACAAACGAAAUGGCGACCUAAGAAUAGUGGUGGGGUGAAAAAGAAGCAGAUGAUAAUCUUAAAAAAGUUUUUUAUUUUCGUUUUAGUUUCAACAAGCGGCGCCAGCGACUGGCAGGCAUGCAAGGAUUCACACCGAAAUAACAGAACAACCUUCGUUUUUCAUAAAAUUGUAAUUUACAAUCCUUGAACUUGAAAACAAUCCGAAGAUUCAUUGAAAAUAUCACUUACUGCGAAGCGCUCGGAGUUUACAUAUGUUCAAAAGCUUUUUCUGUUAUGGCGUGAGAUUGAGGACAAAAUCGAUCAUUAAGUUUCGUAUCGUGUGUUUUUCCUGUGUGAAGCAACAGAAGACGCCGGCGACUGACAAAAUUACAACUUAACACGAAAAUCAAAUAACACCUAAACAAACAAUCUUAGCUACCGGUUUUCAGUGAAUUUUUAAAGAACAAUUUUCUUUUAAGUUUCAAGACAAUUUGAAGAUUCAAAAUAAAUAUUACGUACUAAAAUUCAAAAGUUAUACACCACAAAAUUGAUAAGUAGGCCUGAAAUGAAAUUCUAUCUUGUUCUUGAUUAUACGUUACCUAGCACGUGACUAAAAUCUACCCAUGCGGAGAUCCAAAAUGACGGUGGCAGUCUUGGCUUAGUUAUAUCACUCAAAACUCGUUCCCUUUGUCUCAUUUGAUAAAGAGGGAAUCGUUAAUGUUUUCAUUAAGACAGUAUUGCCUUGAUUUUCUAAUAUUUACAAUGAUAGACAGUAAAUUUCACUUUUCACUCACAUUUACUGCCAACCUUUUCUUUUGAACCAGAAAAAAAAAUGAUAUACGUUUAAAACACAUCACAUCAUCCACCCUUAUCAAAUGUAAUAGCAUGAUCAUUUCAAUUGUAAUGCCUUCUUAUCCCAACGUUACUUUGUUUCUUUGCUACAUUAGCGAACACUGAACUACUGCUCGUACUCUAGGUAUGACAGUCAACCACAAAAUUCCCUAAACCAGAUAACAUUAAACAUAAUCAAAAAUCAUGUGUCAAUUCACGAGUUUGCUCACAGAGCACUUUGAUUUAAAUCUAUUUUUCACUAUACAAUUCACAAAAAGUACAAUUAAUUUAAUAUUCACAACAACAUGAUGCAUACAUCAAAUUAUCAAAACUAUAUCAACAUUCUCUGUAUUAUUGACAACUUUGAAUUUUUAUCUACACAUCUUAUUCUUUGUAUAUUAGUUACAUGAUUCCCUGAUGAUACCCCAUACCAUUCAUUACUUUUACAAUCUGCAACAAAGCAGUUGUUGUACAUCAAUGAAUUAAUGGCAUGCCAAUUGCAACUCCUAGUCCUUUCCUAUGAUCCCUUCUCUAGCUAAGCAAUCCAGUACUUCUCUGUUCACAAAGCAUGAUUGACAGGGGAAGGGGAAUGCUCAAUUUUGAAUAAUGCAAAAAUAGUUUCAUUUUGUUGCAAAUUGAAGCCUUCAAGAACAUAAUUCGGCCCCAUUCAGUUGUAAUUUACCCUAACCUCGAGCUAUGUAACUGAAAUUAAAUUUGCCAGUCCUGCAAUCAGCAGAGUAUGAACAGAGAUCAAUCAGUUCCUGAAGAACACUUCCUUCUAACAGCUUUGUUCACAACAUGUUUCCAAUGAAGGUUACGUCCGAUCAAGCAGGAUUCAGUUUCUUGGACCUCAUCUUAUUGAUAUAAGCUUCAGUCGAUCGGUUGACACCGAAGUUUUGUAACAAGAACCCACCUGACACUCCGAAUAUUCCUAUUGAAACAUUGACAUUGACAUUGACAGUGACAUUGACAGUGACAUUGACAGUGACAUUGACAAUCACAAUAUUAGGGACAGGGACAGUGAGGUGAACAAUCAAGUGAGACUUACUAAGACUAUGACAAUGACCCUGACAGUGACAGUGAGACAGUGAUAAUAAGUCGGUGAGAAUGACAGAGUGUCCGUGACAUUGACAGUGACAACGUGUUAUUGGCAAGUCUGACGUAAGACUAACAUCGCGAACUUAAGGGAGGACAGCUUUUGGUGGUUAACCCUUCUGACCAAUUUUAUUAAAAAUCAAAACUUGCUUCAAAGCGUCGUCAGAGAGAAAAGGAUUUUACUAAUGUGAGGACACUCUGUGUUUUCUGAAAUUUUCCAGAUGGAUUACUUGAGGCUAGAAAUUUGUUUCUUACGGUCGAUCAGUUGAUCGAUCAACCGAUAUAUGACCCAAUUGCAAUGUUUUUCCUUGCCUGCUAAUAAAAAAGUAACCGUGUUCUGUAGCAGAUAAACGAAGAAAUUUCUGGUGUCAAGGAAAAGACGGUAGCAAAUCCAGGGGAUGGCCUUGCCUUCCACCGAUUUUUUAACCAAAAUGAGACUUUGACGAUUGCUAAGGUUUCAAGGGACCAUCGAUGAACUGAGAAAACGCCAACCAAACGUUACUGAGAGCGUAAAAUGUGGAUAUCUAACAAUUUAAAUGUUCUUGGUGGAGUAUACCCUCCUUCUGCACAAAGAGUGAUUUUAAUCGGCAGGUGAAAAGAACUUUUCAUGUCAGUUACCUGAAGAACACCUUUUGUGCCUUAGCCAGUUGUGCAUUAUGCACCGACGAGCACAUAAUACAGUACAUUUAUACAAGUAACGCCAAAAUUUCGCAAAUCGAUGAUCAACCUGACCAAGGACAGCAAAGCCAUGAUUACUUUCAAGCAGUUAUAUACGGACGUACUUACGAGGUUCGUUCCACAAUAAAUACUUCUGAUAGCGUUCUGGAGCAUUCUUUUAGUUUUUCUGCACUGUUUUGUCCUUUGUUUUCCUUAGGAACGCGAAAAAGAGGUUUCCCCGUACCACUAGUAUGCUGUAAUGAGUACCGGCUGUCAGGCUAUUUCUUUAACAGAGCUUUUUCCGUCACAAAACUCGAAAAUAAUAAAAACACAAGGCCUUUGGCUCGUGCUUUCAUCAAUUUCCUCGUGUUUAGAAGGCCUGAUGAAACACUCGCCCUGGUUUAUGAAAUAUUUCAUCACAACGGAUACAUUGGGAUUUUAUAUUUUGCGGCAAACGAUUGUUUUAUGAGUGAGUGGCUUUGUGAAUACAGUUUUGUUAGUUUAAUAGCCGACUCUUCUUUGGCUUUUCUAGACAUCAGAAUUUCAGUUUUAAUGGUUUCUACCCGGCUAGAGUUUACUACAAACCUACAGACUCUCAUAGUUGCUUGUUGUAUUCGUCUUCGCAUCCAACACAUGUCGAGAGUUCUAUUGCUCUUUCGCAGUUUCCCAGACUUUGUCGUUAAUGUAAUGACGACUCUGAUUUUUCCCACAAAUGUGCCAGUUUUUCGAUAAACGUGGCUAUCCUGUUUCUGUCUUUCAAGUGUGCCACCACCACGUCAACAGUCAGCACUACAAACGAAACAAAAGGAAAAUACCGAUCGCAUUCUAUUAUUCACUCUCACAUUUCAGCCUCACAACCGCGCGGUUUAAUCCAUCAUUCUUAAAAAUUCUUGAUCAGAAGUUCGUUACAAAGAAAUGACCAACCUGGAAAUGUUAAAAUGUACUCGUGCACAAUGCAAAACCUGUCCUUUCACUCAUAACGUAGAGAAAAUGUCGAGUACGUAGAGAAGAUUAGUCAUCACUUCACGUGCACCUCUGCCAAUGUCAUCUAUUGCAUAAUUUGCUCUUACUGCAAAAAGUCAUACAUUGGUGAAACAGGAAGACGACUAGGUGACCAAUUCCGAGAAAACACUCAUUGAAUGAAAUGACAAAGACGCUUUCAAACCAGUUGCUACACACUUUCAUCUCCCUAAUCAUUCUAAGCAGCAUAUGGCAGUUCGCGGCCUUUCCCUACAUCUAGGCAGUCCGGAAAGCCUCAAAAUUCUAGAUCAAAAAUUUCUCUUGAAUCGGCACUCUUAAUCCACAACUUAUCAACGAACGCUUUUCAUUCAACUAAGUUUGUCUUGUUUUUCUCGUUACCAUGUUCCCACCGAUAGCGUAGCUCUAUUUUCUCCAUAUUAACACACACACCACCCACAAUUCCUUUAUUCGCUCUGACGAAGGGGUAACGCUCGAAAAGUCAGCUCUGAAACUCUUUACGGUGGCCAAAUUACGUUAUUAACUCAGUUGAUAAUACCAAAUGAUAAUACCCUGAAGAGUUUGGUGAUAGCCACCUUGACAGAGUCCCAAUACAAAAUAUUUUUGCAAGCUGGCGGUGCUCUUCUGCAGGGAAAAUCGGCAACUUUUGUGAUUAACUUUCACAGUUUUACUUAGCUUGUUACUAUGAUUUUCAAUCUCUUGUUUUUACGUAGGUCGUUCCUCCAGAAACGACCUUGAGAUAGCUUACUGUUAUACUCAGUUGAACUUAAGUAGCCGCUUUGGAGACCUAUGCCGUAACUAGUGUAAUUGUUUCUUCUUCUGUCUCAAACCUUCCUCAAAGGGAAAGGACUAUCUGCGAGAACAUGUAAGUUGUAAAACUCAGUCUCCCAUCAUAACAUCAUCCUUUACUUCAUGAACCUUAUAAGGAAGCAUUCCGCGUGAAAUGGGUAAAAUCUCGGUGAUAUCUAUGUUCUAUGGAAGCAGAUAAUGCACUGACCACCGUAGGAACACCUGGAGGUAGUCUGAAAAGUUGAUUGAGCAAAUGCCUGAUUGUAUGACCUUUUCAGGCGUGUUUGUGUAAAUGUGAUCAGUGACAGAGAGGGCAUGGUCGGUUAAUCUUGUUGUUUUUACUAUAACUGUCAUUAGGCCUAAAUUAAAUAGCACGUCUAAGGUUUGUAGCUCUCUGUUGAGCUUUAGAAAAUCCACAUCCCUAAAGGCCAAAACCCUCUUCCUUUAAUCAAACUCUCUAUUUAUUUUGAUUAUGUUAUAGGAAUUAAUGACCUAUUAUUAACCAUCAGGAACAAAAAUGUAUUGCUAUUGAAUAACAAUGUACUUUUUCCGCUGUUGCUGUUGUUGGUGCUGCUGUUGCUGUUGUUGGUGCUGCAUGCUGUUGCUGCUGUUGGUAGUUAACUCAAAACAUUAUUACUCGAUCUGGUCCAGCGAAAGAUCGUGUCUCCUUGAAAACUCUAAAUGAUCAACAAAAUGAAGGCUGUGAUUUCUAAAUUUGAUAUUUACAUAGGAAAUUUUCUUUAUUUUUUUUGUCUCAAAAAUCGACAUAUGUUUGGUCCAGGUUUCACUGUAAGCCAAAUGUCGUGUGAUAAACACCCAUUUUUUCCCAAACUACCAUUGUUGCGAUGCAGCAACCAAAAAUUCCACAAAAUCUCCACUUUGUGACAAAGAAGAGCAGAUAACAGGAGCCCAAGUAAUGGUUUCCUAGCAGAAAAUUAAACUAACUUUUAUUUAACCCGGUCAACAAUAUACUGUGACGAUAGGUUUUCGCGCACCGAACUAAACUUUCACGGGAACGUACAAAACGAGGGGAAUGAACUCGGUAGAGACCACUCGACUAACGAGAACGGAAACUCGUCACAAUUUCCUGGCACACGGAGAUCGACUUCGAGUGAGGUUGUACGGACGUCAAGGAAGAGACAGCGUUUUUGGUUCCACUUUUAUUCGUAGAGCACUCUAACAUACAUCAUACUAGAGUCAAAACUAAAACUGUAAUCAGCACGCUGCCGUCUGUGUAAUCGGUACGCCGUUGUGGAUGUAAUCGAAAAAGCCUUACAAAGUACUUGCUUAAAUAUGAACUGGUGUGAGGUUCCAUUGUUACACAAAUCACAACAUUUGAAUAAGGACACAAAGGAGCGGAAAAAAGUCUCUUUGAAAUUAAACCAAAGCUACUUAAAUAUUCCAUCUGUUUCUACGACGGAAAGAAUCUCAAACUUAAAAGGACGGAUACAAUAAACUCGAGGCCAUUAAAAAUAGGAAAGUUAGGUGAGAAUUCACAGCUCUGAUAUAGAAAAUAUACCCAUCUUAAUUACAGUAGAGCAGCUUAGGAUAUAAAAGUGGAAAAGUAAUUAAAAGUUUCUGCUUAUCUAUGCAAGGUUGGUGUGGAAACUAUCGUAUGAACAGAAAUUAAAGCUACGAGUAGAAACUCGGCAGCUAACACUUAAAUUUACCUAAAAAAACCAGUAAUAAAUAGCAAAAGAGCCGACAUGCAGGUGAGUAAUGAAAGCGAGUAACAAGCAAAAAUCUCUUAGUUUACCAUUCAAAAACUACGGUGGUUUAUUAUUAUUAUUUUUAUUUACUAGAAUGAAAGAACUUGAAUGAGCUCGAAUAAAUUGGAAAUGGUUAAGUGUGAAAAGUUUACGAAUAAAUGUGUUCCAAACAAACACACGGAAAAAUCAGUACUUUCCCCGUAACAAUAUUCAAAGCCUCUCACUAUCUACCAAAUAAUGAUCCCAUUUUUAGUGGACCAAAAGCUCAAUUAAGGCCUUUCAAUUCUUGCAUGGAACAGCUUCCAUUUGAUUAUGGAGGCUAUCUUCAAGAGGACCAAUCAGAAAUCUGCAUAAGCUGCAAGAAAUAUCUGCACACCCCUUUCCUCAUUGCAAAAAGUAAAGUAUCAUUAAAUAGCUUAAGUAAGAGAGAAAAUGUGAGUGAUAGAUUUUGCAAAUAAUAAAAGUAUUUGAAUAUUAUAGUUAACCCGGUUCUCAAAUUUCCAUUAAGAUGUAUAUGUACAUUAUAUGUAUGUUGUGUAUGAGGCGCAUUGAAACCCCGAUCCAGGCUUUAGAAGUUAUUCUUCGCUUAUUGCUACAGCUAUAUUUCGUGAAUCGCUGACGUUGCCUGAUAGGUGCGGUAACUUAAUAAACCGCACGUUAAUUCCCUUACCUUUAAAUUAGCGGUCUCACAAUCUCCUAGAAUAGACCUCGAAGUAACGAUAUCCUUUCCAUCAGACAUCGACCACCGCAGCCGUAAUCUCUUGCGAUUUCCGGUAUCCUCCUUUCCUCCUGAGAGAUUAGCGGCAGAUGUCACGAAUUGGAAAUGGUGUACUCAGUUAAAAACGAAAAAGGAAUGCAUAUUUUCACAGACCUGUCAGAGUGCGUCAACAAAGUAAAUUCGGAUUUUUUUAUCAUACGCUGCGAGUCUGAUAAGUCUAAACACGUAAAUGGAAAGCGGCCCAAGAUGACCUUACGUUCCGACGGAUUGCGGAGCGUGUGUAUAAUUAUGCCCUCCUUCGUAGGAGAUAAACUUAUCUUUCCUUCAUCAGAGAUAGAAUUUUUAUGAACUAGAAAAUAAAAAAAAGGUAGAAGUAUUUUAGGAGCUGGGGAUUAUCUGUCUGGUAUUUAGACAAAUUACAUAGCUCACUAUGAAUAUGAAUAAUAAUGAGACGACUGGACACUGGCAGCGGCUAUUAUUUUGAGAAUUUAAUCAGUAAAUGCGUGAGUGCAACUUCCAUAAUCGCUUUAGUGGCUACGAGAGCAGGAGAUAAGAAGAAAACACUCUUAAAUAAAAGGGUUAUAUAAACAGGUUAAAACUGCAACAAAUCACUUUAAAGGUGAUCACGUAAUGUAUUCAUAAGGGCUAUUGACGUGUUGACGUGCUGGCUAAUGACAUAAGCCAACACACAAACAUUCAAGUGAUGGCUACGCGAAAUGGUGUAUGUCCCGGCUACCAUCUCUGCUGAGACUUGGAUCAUUUCUAAAUUUAUCACGAAAACAGCCUGAAGGAUUGACACAUGACAUAACAAGUACGAUUAGAGUUAUGAGGAAAAAAGGUUAAUGGAUUUAGAGACCAUCGACACAUGACAUGUACGCGGGUUGGAAUUCUAGUAACGAAACCUAAGGGUGAAAAGGUUACUUCUACAUAUACCAAGCUCCCGUUCACUUUAAAUUCCACCAAUAUCAGUGGGAACGUGGAAGAUUGAAAACAACUAUCUGCAUAGUCUCAACUCACUGCAUUGAUAGAUUUAUUUGAGGUACUUUAACGAUGGCGAACGCUUCCACAACAGGUCCAGACGUCAAUUCAAGCUAUCAUGCUGAAGCUCAGCUUCUGCCGUUCGGAACGUUGAUUGUCUUCGUCAAUGGCGUUGUAUUUUUACUUUUCGCUAAAAAUAAACGUUUAAGAACGCCAACAAACUAUUUUCUGUUCAGUCUGGCUGUGUGCGACUUUAUGACGGGGCUCAUCAUUAUUCCUCUGGUUAUUAUUGUGCUCACAAGAGUCAUUGCUCCCCCAUCUGGUGUCAUCGUGGGAUUUUUCGUGACUAUUCUUCACAACAUGUUAGUAGUUUUAGUGAUAUAUCACAUCUUCAUAAUAACUGCCGAGAGAUAUUUUUCAAUCGUUCACCCGUUUCGUCAUCGAUGGAAGACAACAAAGAGUUCAGUUUUGAAGAUUAUUGUUGUUAUUUGGUCGGCUGCGAUCGUAAUAGCUUUCCUGCCUGUCACGUGGUUUCAUGGUUUUAUUUAUUUUCAAGAGGACAUUUCAUCUGCAACUCUACAGAUACAAACGGGACAUAAUAUAUUCUGUAUAGUUUUCGUGUUCCUUUUGCCGUAUGUUUUAAUUGUUUAUUUUCAAGUCUCUUUAUACAGAAAGAUUAGACAAAGGACGUUCGUUAGCAAAAGAGAAAAACAAAAACACACUGUAAACCACAAGGCUCAUAAUGUCAGGCGGAGUCUGAUAAUUUUUGGACUUAUGGCUUUGCUUUAUGCUAUCUGUUGGUUUCCUUGGUAUGUGAUCAGCUUCUUGAUCAGUCUCUGGUUCCCUCUCUCUGGAGAAACGCGAAGAACUUUGUCGAAAUUUGCACAUGCCUUUCUCAUCAUAAGAUAUUUAACCUCAAUUGUAAACCCGGUACUUUAUACAUUUCUCAAGAGAGAUUUCCAACAAGCUUUCAAGAUUGUUGUGCUAAGACGGAAUAUACGACAGGAGAGUAGUCACGCAGUGUAUUUGUCCCCCCGACAGAGACUGCCUCGCAAUGCUGACCUUGAAGGGUACGUGAACAUUGAGUAUGUUUCAACAGUGUAG